UUUGAGGAUGCUCAGUAGAACUUGCCUGCUUGCUCGUCAGAGCUCCAAGCUCCCUCUGGUCUCUAUCACCAACAGAUUUUCUUCAGAUGUUGCUGAGGUAAAAGCAAGUAAGAAUCCCCUCUCAACUGGACAAACUGGAGCAGCAGUACUUGGAGGCUCCCUCCUCGCUACAGCUGUCAGCAAGGAAAUGAUUGUUCUUGAUGCCGACGUCUUGGCUGGAGCAAUUCUGUUUACGUGCACCUACGGUUUAGGCAAGAAGAUAGGACCUAUGGUGAUUGAUGGACUCGACAAAUACACUGCAAGCAUAGAGACUACAAUGAGUGAAGGUAAACAGGUUCAGAUUGCUGCCUACGAAGAAGCCAUUGCCGAAGAAAAGGCUGCUAUCGAAAGUCUCCAGCUGGCCGGCGACAUCUUCGACAUCAAACGUGAACUGGUCCAAAUAGAGAUCGAAGCGGAAUACAGACGCCGAAUAAAGACCGUCCACACUGAAGUAAAGAAGCGUUUGGACUACCAGGUUGAGUUAGAGAACACCAAGAAGGCCUUCAUCAGGAACCACAUCGUGGCUUGGCUGGAGAAGGAGGUUAUCGCUAGUAUCUCCGCUGAACAGGAGGAGGCGAAUAUCAACCAGUGUAUCGCUAGUCUGUCCCUUCUCGCUCCUUCUCAGUGAUGCUCUCGUUAGCGUUUUUAAGCGGACAAUCCCACCCAACUUUGUAUGAUAUAUUAAUUUAUGAAAACUGUGAUUAGUCGAAGUCCUUGGUUUAUCGAUAGUUUUGUUGUCUUGUUUAAAAUUAUGAGGAGUUCAUAAAA